UUGGCGCGGGCAGUGGCGCGGGCGGUUAAGCGGCAGGCACAACAAGUAGUGAAAAGUGUAUAUGAUGAUGAGGAUUAUCUUUUGGCUUUGAUUCUAAAAGAAGACGCAAUGGUAGAAUCACAAUGCAAAGAAAAACUAGAAAAAUACUGUAAAGCACUAACAAAUGCGACAAUAGAACCAAAAGAUGUUCACAACAAAUUUAAAGACUUUUGUGAGGAUAAAAAACAGAAAACAAAAUGUACAGGAUUGAAAAGCAAAAUCACUCAAAAAUGUACUGAAUUCAAAAAUAAACUAGAAGGAAAAUUAGCAAAUCUACCAGAUAAGGAUUGUAAAGAGGAUGAGCGACAAUGCCUAUUUUUGGAGGGAGCAUGUCCAACAGAACUUAAAGAUGAUUGCAAUACUUUGAGAAAUAAGUGUUAUCAGAAGAAACGUGAUGGUGUAGCAGAAGAAGUCCUUUUGAGGGCACUUCGUGGGGAUUUGGAGGAGGAAGCUGGAUGCAAAAAGAAAAUCAAGAACGUUUGCUCAAAAAUAGGCCAAGAAAGUGAUGAGUUGACAUUGUUGUGUCUUGAUCAGAAGAAAACAUGUGCAAAUCUUGUAGAAAAAGGAAAAAGUAAAUGUGAUACUCUGAAACAAGAAGUUGAAGAAACACUUAAAAAGAAUAAAUUACGAGGAAAAUGUCUACCAUUACUUGAGCAAUGUUAUUUUCACAGAGGAAACUGCAAAGAUAUAUCAAAAUGUAAUAAAUCAUCCAAAAACUGUUAUGAAUAUUUGCCAGUCUGUGAUAAAUUGGCAGAAGAGUGUGAAAAAAAAAGCAUCAUUUAUAUGCAUCCGGGACCCGAUUUUGAUCCAACUAGGCCAGAGCCUACGCUAGCAGAGGACAUAGGGCUGGAAGAGCUUUAUAAGAGGACAGAGGAGGAUGGAGUUUUUAUUGGAAAGCAACAUGUAAGAGAUGCAACAGCUUUAUUGGCGUCGUUGGUUAAAAAUGAUCUUAAAAAAGAAAAAUGCGAAGAAGUCCUUGCAAACAAAUGCAAAAACUCUCAUGAACAUGAAGCUCUAGAAGAUUUAUGUAAUAAUAAUACUCCUAAUACGAACGGAACAGAAAAAUGCAAAGAAUUAAAAGAAGAUGUUGAAGAAACGUGCAAAAUUCUUACUUUAAAAGUCAAUAAUCGUCUUUUUGAUAUAAGAAAUUCUGAAACCAUUGAAUGGGGCAAGUUGCCAACAUUUAUUAGCAAAGAAGACUGUGCAAAAUUAGAAACAUAUUGUUUUUAUUAUGAAGGAAGUUGUCCAAGUGGUAAAGAUGCAUGCAAAAAUAUAAGAGCAACAUGUUAUAGAAAAGGGCUUAAUGCACGAGCAAAUGAUAUAUUGCAAGAAAAUAUGCGUGGGUUAUUACGUGGUUCAAAUGAAACCUGGCUUAAGAAAUUUCAACAAGAAUUAGUAAAAGUAUGCAAAGAACUAAAAGAAAAAAACAAGGGAAGUUUCCCAAACGAUGAAUUAUUUGUUUUAUGUAUACAACCAGCAAAAGCAGCACGAUUACUUACAUACGAUCAUCAAAUGAAGACCGUUUUUCUACGUAAACAAUUGGAUAAAAAACGAGAUUUUCCGACGGACAAAGAUUGCAAGAAAUUAGGGAGAAAGUGUGAAACUUUAGGAAAGGAUUCAAAUCAGAUCCAAUGGCCAUGUUAUACGCUAAAGCAGCAAUGUGAUCGUUUAGGAACUACAGAAAUCUUGAAACAAGUUUUAUUGAAUGAACACAAGGAUACUUUGAAAGACCAAGAAAGUUGUGUAAAGUAUCUAAAAGAAAAGUGUAAUAAAUGGUCUAGAAGGGGCAAUGAUCGUUUUUCUCUUGUAUGUGUUUUUCUGGAAAGUACGUGUAAGCUGAUGGUAGAAGACGUACAAGAUAGAUGCAAAGUAUUCAAAGAAAAUACAGAUGGAAUAUAUAUUAUUAAAUUCCUUGAAACUAAUAACACACUAGAAUCAUUAGCAGGGGUUUGCCCUCCUUGGCAUCCAUACUGUGAUAGAUAUGGACCUAAUUGCCCAGAUCUUCUUGGAAAAGAUACGCUUUGUAAAAGUCUUAAAAAGUAUUGUAAGCCAUUUUAUAAAAGAAAGGUUUUAGAAGAUGCUCUUAAAGUAGAGCUUCGAGGAAAUUUAAGUAAUAUAACUAAAUGUGAACCUGCAUUAGGAAGAUAUUGUGCAGUAUUGAAAGACGUAAAUAAUGCGUCAAUCAGCAGUUUAUGUAAAGAUAAUACCGAAAGUAAAACUAAAAAGACCGAUGAAGUUAGAAAGAAACUUUGUCUAAAAUUAGUGGAAGAGGUGGAAGAGCAAUGCAAAGUAUUACCAAAAGAACUGGAAUAUGAAGAAAAAGACCUAAAAGAUGAUUUUGGAGCAUUUGAAAAACUUAAAGAACAAGCAGAGAAAGCAAUAAACAAGUCCAAUCUUGUUUUAUCACUCGUUAAGAAAGAUGGAAAUGAUACAUCGAAAAGUAAUAGCAAGAACAAGGAUAAGAAUGCCAUUUCAAACAAACAAGAUACCACAAAACAUGUGAAAAUACUGCGGAGAGGAGUUAAGGAUGUACUUGUAACAGAAUUGGAAGCCAAGGCAUUUGAUUUGGUAGCAGAAGUAUUUGGAAGAUAUGUAGAUUUAAAGGAAAGAUGUGAGAAAUUGACUUCAGAUUGCGGGAUUAAGGAAGAUUGCAAAGAGUUAAAAGAUGUCUGUGAAAAGAUACAAGGAGUAUGUUCGAAACUAAAACCACUGAAAGUGAAGCCGCACGAAAUAGUCACAGAAAGCACAACAACGACCACGACGACCACAACAACCGUUACCGAUCCGAAGGCAACAGAAUGCAAAUCCUUACAGACAACAGACACAUGGGUUACACAGACAUCGACACACACAAGCACAUCUACCAUCACAUCUACGAUUACAUCAAAAAUAACACUCACAUCAACGAGGCGUUGCAAACCAACCAAGUGUACGACAGGGGAUGAUGCAGAGGACGUGAAACCGAAUGAGGGAUUGAAGAUGAGUGGGUGGAGCGUGAUGAGGGGGGUGAUAUUAGCAAUGAUGAUUUCAAUAAUGAUUUAA